CGCGCCUCGCGCCCAGCCGGGCGGGCUUCUGGCUGCGCCAGCUAGCCGGGCCGGCGGCGCCCGCGCCGAAGACCCCGCACCGGACCCUGAGAUAGCGACAGGCACUGCCUGCUCCCACUGCCUGGCUGGAUAUGAGGAUCUCUGGGGCAGGUCUUCCCAGGUGCGGACUUGAGACAAAGGAACCAGGAAGCGGGGCCUUCCUGAGCGCAGAGGAGAAAACUGCAGUCCGGGAUGGCUCAGUCGGCCCUUCCAAAGUCGCGCAGCUGGUCCUGGCCGAGCUGCGAGAGUGAGGCACAUGGCCCCUGCAGACCGGGCCUCGGAGGGUCCAAGGCUUGAGGACCCGUCGGCCCCCCACCCCCUUGGAGAGGCAAGGAGAGGAUCCUGCGCUGGUAGUGAGCCUCCACUUCUGCCCUUGACUGCAACACCCUAGUGCCCCCCUGGCUUAGUCAUGGCGAAGCUGGAGACACUGCCUGUGCGCGCUGAUCCAGGGCGGGAUCCCCUCCUGGCCUUUGCCCCUCGGCCCUCUGAGCUCGGACCCCCAGACCCUCGUCUGGCCAUGGGCAGUGUGGGCAGUGGGGUGGCCCACACUCAGGAGUUCGCCAUGAAGAGUGUGGGCACCCGCACGGGGGGUGGGGGCAGCCAAGGCAGUUUCCCCGGCCCCCGUGGCAGUGGGGCCAGCAGGGAGAGGCCAGGCCGCUACCCUUCGGAGGACAAGGCUCUCGCCAAUUCACUCUACCUCAAUGGCGAGCUACGGGGCAAUGACCACACAGAUGUCUGCGGCAAUGUGGUGGGCAGCAGUGGUGGCAGCAGCAGCAGCGGCGGCAGUGACAAGGCCCCACCACAGUAUCGUGAGCCCAGCCACCCGCCCAAGCUCCUGGCCACCUCUGGCAAGCUAGACCAGUGCUCAGAGCCGCUAGUUCGGCCUUCGGCCUUCAAGCCUGUUGUACCCAAAAACUUCCACUCCAUGCAGAACUUGUGCCCCCCCCAGACCAACGGGACGCCUGAGGGACGACAGGGCCCUGGUGGCCUCAAGGGUGGACUGGACAAGUCUCGGACCAUGACCCCAGCGGGUGGGGGAGGGGGCGGCCUCUCAGACUCAGGCCGGAACUCACUCACAAGCCUGCCCACCUACAGCUCCAGCUAUAGCCAGCACCUGGCGCCCCUCAGUGCCUCCACCAGCCACAUCAACCGCAUUGGCACUGCCAGCUAUGGUAGUGGCAGUGGCGGCAGCAGCAGCGGUGGUGGGUCAGGCUACCAGGACCUGGCGGCCUCUGACAGCGUGCGGGCCUCCAGCAAGAGUGGGUCAUCCUCAUCCAUGGGGCGGCCAGGCCACCUGGGAUCAGGGGACGGCGGAGGUGGAGGCCUGCCAUUUGCGGCCUGCUCACCACCCUCGCCCAGUGCUCUGAUCCAGGAGCUAGAGGAACGGCUGUGGGAGAAGGAGCAGGAGGUGGCAGCUCUGCGGCGUAGCCUGGAGCAGAGCGAGGCGGCAGUGGCCCAGGUGCUGGAGGAGCGUCAGAAGGCCUGGGAGCGUGAGCUGGCCGAGCUGCGGCAGGGCUGCAGCGGGAAGCUGCAGCAGGUGGCCCGGCGCGCCCAGCGUGCCCAGCAAGGCCUACAGCUGCAGGUGCUGCGGCUGCAGCAGGACAAGAAGCAGCUGCAGGAGGAGGCAGCCCGACUGAUGAGGCAACGGGAAGAGCUUGAGGACAAGGUUGCCGCCUGCCAGAAGGAACAGGCCGACUUCCUGCCCCGGAUGGAGGAAACUAAGUGGGAGGUAUGCCAGAAGGCUGGGGAGAUUUCCCUACUGAAGCAGCAGCUGAAGGACUCGCAGGCGGACGUGUCCCAGAAGCUGAGUGAGAUCGUUGGGCUGCGCUCGCAGCUGCGGGAGGGCCGGGCCUCGCUGCGGGAGAAGGAGGAGCAGCUGCUCAGCCUGCGGGACUCCUUCAGCAGCAAACAGGCCAGCCUGGAGCUGGGUGAGGGCGAGCUGCCCUCUGCCUGCCUCAAGCCGGCGCUGACCCCAGUGGACCCGGCCGAGCCGCAGGACGUGCUGGCCACCUGCGAGAGCGACGAGGCCAAGAUGCGCCGUCAGGCUGGGGUGGCUGCUGCCGCCUCCCUGGUUUCCUUGGAUGGGGAGGUGGAUGCUGGCGGGGAGAGUGGGACUCGGGCCCUGCGGCGGGAGGUGGGGCGCCUGCAGGCUGAGCUGGCAGCUGAGCGGCGAGCCCGGGAGCGCCAGGGCGCCAGCUUCGCAGAGGAGCGCCGAGUGUGGUUGGAGGAGAAGGAGAAGGUCAUCGAGUACCAGAAGCAGCUGCAGCUGAGUUACGUGGAGAUGUACCAGCGCAACCAGCAGCUGGAGCGGCGGCUGCGAGAGCGGGGGGCUGCGGGAGGUGCCAGCACGCCUACACCCCAACAUGGGGAGGAGAAGAAAGCCUGGACCCCCUCCCGCCUCGAGCGCAUCGAGUCCACAGAAAUCUGAUCCCCUACCUGGGCAUGUGGCCUUUUGACAAAUACCCAGUCAAAGGCCAGAGUCCCCAGUAUCCCCUCCCUGCCAUCUGUUUUCCCCAUGUCCCCUCUAUCCCCAGACCAAAGAGGUUCUCAAAGCAGCUGUGACCAGGCCCCUCCCCUCCCCUCCCCUCACUGGGUGCCUCCCAGCGCUACCACUGCCCCUCUGGGCAGCCCACUCGACCCUCCUCCCAAGGAGGAAAUAGGGGAAGGGCAGGGUGAGUGGGGAUGAGGAGCCCAGGCAGCAGGGGAACUCAUGCUCCUUUUCUUGGCACUCCCUUGUUGGAGAGGUGGCAGGCCUUGCAGUGCCAUGAGGUGCCCAGCUCCUUGGUGGGUCUGCGCUGCUACUGUCGGCCACCCUGUGUCCAGAGAUGCUCUCUGUACCCAUCUCCUAGGCCAUGUAACCUGAGGGGGCUUGCGUGAGUUCUGCCAAAGCUGACACCUUGGACUCCUGGCCUCUCUCCUUUCAGUACUUUUCUCCCUCCCUGGGCAGACUGGCAGGACAAGUGGGGGCAGGUGGCCUACCUGCGGUUGAGAGGGCUACCUGCCCAGCCCCUCCCUGCCAAGGUCUCUUGGACUCAGGCCUCAGAGCCUGGCCUGGUCCUGAGUGUGUGUCCAUAUGUGUGUGUUGGAGGAGAGAAGGGCUGGGGCUGGAGGCUCAGUGCCCAGGGAAGAUCUGCCAUCCUAUGCUUGAGAAGGGUCACCUGGAGGCUUCUUAGCUUUACCCUCACCCUUCUGACCCGGAUCCCACAGCACAACAGCCCCAUCUGCUUGGCUGACCCCACACCCAGGGCCACUGUCCAGCUCUAACUACAGCUAUUAAGUGCCACCUGCCUCUCAGGCACUCCCCUCACCUAGUUUCUGAGGCCACAUGAGUGUCUGUGAUGUCUUCUUGUGUUUUCCCCAACUUGAUUCCCUCAGCCACCUCUGCUUUCGUGCUCAGCCUACUGCUUUCAUGCUCAGAACAUCAUUGUCCUAGGCCGUCUCUUCCCCCAAACCUCACCUUUUCUUCCAGUAGAAAACUGCUUGAUCUUUGGUGCACUGCCCACUUCCAAGUUCCACUGGGCCCAAGCUUGAGCCUGAGGCCCUUGUUUUGGGGGGUGGGGGUGGCUAUGAUUGCUCUUGAAGAGCAAGACUGAACUGAGAGGAUCACUGACCCCUGGGUCCCAGAGGCCUGAAGUAGCCCAGUGUUUGCCCAGGGUAGGCCUGGCAUGGCCAUCAGUGGGGACUGGGGCAGCCAAUGUCACUUCCUCCUCUGGGGGCCCUCUCAGAGUCCAUCUCCCCAAAAUAAGAAGGGAAAGGCAAAUUUCUUAACACACCAGCAAUAAAAAUCAGAGGAGGCUUGGCCCUCAGCCCUUGUAUUUCUCUUUUCACUCUCUCCUUCCCACCCACAGACUGGGUUUGUGGGGCAGGGUGGAGGGAGCUGGCAACUACUGUGAGCAAUCCCCCGACCCCUGACCAGCCUCCUCCCAUGACUGGUGACUGUUUAACGAGCUGUGCAUCCCCCACAAAAACAGGAGUGCCCCUGUGGCCUCUCCUUCUGCACAGCCCUUUCCAGUGCCCCUCACCAGAUCUCUGAGCUGGGUGGGGGGCCGUCCUGGCAAUCACUGCCCAUUCCACUCACCCUUCACUGCACCUGCCCCAGAAACUGGGCCUGGGCCAGAGGGGCAGGGGGAAGAGGAGGCAUUAGUAGGAAAAAAAAAAAAAGAAAAUAAUAUGAACAGACUAAGCUUUGGGAUUUCCAACUACAAAAGAAAUUAUAUAUAAAUAUAUAUAAAUAUAUAUCUCUACCACACGUGAUGGAAAGACUUCGUUUUCUUUUCCCAGAGAAAUAAAAUGGAGGAAGCCUCUUGAG